GCACAAAUUCAAUAGAUCAUAUAUAGAUAAAGCUACUCUCUCUCUAGCUAAUUGAUACCAUUCCAAUAUGUCUAGCCACCAAGCUCGCCAAAUCCAAUCAUCCCGAGUUGGGAUUAUCGGCGCUGGUAUUAGUGGCAUAGCUGCCGCCAAACAACUCUCCCACUAUGCCCCGGUUGUCCUUGAGGCCACUGGGUCCAUUGGAGGAGUUUGGAAACAUUGUUCAUUUCGUUCCACCAAACUCCAAACCCCUCGAUGUGAUUUCGAGUUUUCUGAUUAUCCCUGGCCUGAACGGGAUAAUUCGAGUUUCCCAACCCACCUUGAAAUUCUUGAUUACUUGCAUAGUUAUGCUACACACUUUGAUGUGUUGAAGUACGUCAAGUUCAAUUCCAGGGUUGUGGAGAUUCGAUAUGUUGGCCCCUAUGACAUCAGUCCAGACAUCAACAAAGGAGAAUAUGGAGCGCUACUGACCGGCCACCCUAUCUGGGAGGUUGCCGUAGCAACCAGUGACUCUAAAACUUUUGAGUGGUAUGCUUUCGAGCUACUAGUGGUGUGCAUAGGAAAAUAUGGAGAUAUUCCAAAAGUACCGAACUUUCCUCCUAAUAAAGGUGAACAGGUAUUCAUGGGCAAGAUCAUGCACUCCAUUGAUUACUCCAAGCUUGAUCAAGAAGCUACACGCAAGCUACUCAAAGGGAAGAAGGUUGCCGUUGUUGGCUACCGGAAAUCUGCCAUUGAUUUGGCUACUGAAUGUGCAGAAGUGAAUCAAGGUUCUCUCAAUUUCUCCAUCAAAGGCCUAACCAAGGGCUGCUCAGAAACCUUCUUUGCUUUCUCUUCUCUCCUUUGGAAAGCAGUUUCCAAAUUUAUAGAAUCAUACCUAGUGUGGAAGCUUCCACUGGUGAAAUAUGGCUUGAAACCGGAGCACCCAUUUGAGGAGGAUUAUGCGUCAUGCCAAAUGGCAAUCUUGCCGGAGAAUUUCUUUCCAGAGGCAAACAAGGGGAAGAUACAGUUCAAGAGAGCUUCAAAAUGGUGGUUCUGGAGUGGAGGACUCGAAUUUGAAGACAAGACCAGAUUAGAAGCUGAUGUCGUGCUUCUUGCUACUGGUUUUGACGGAGAAAAGAAGCUCCGGAGCAUCUUACCCGAACCAUUUUCCAGCCUCAUCGUGGACUCUUCCGGACUCAUGCCCUUGUAUAGGGGGACCAUUCAUCCAUUGAUUCCCAACAUGGCGUUUGUGGGGUACAUAGAAAGUGUGUCCAACCUGCACACGGCAGAGCUCCGGUGCAGGUGGCUGUCAAGGCUAACAGAUGGGCUGUUCAAGCUUCCCAGCAUUGAGAAGAUGCGCGAACAUGCUGGAAAAGAACUUGAAGUCAUGAAGAAGACGACUCGAUUCUUCAAGAAACACUGUAUCUCUACUUUCAGUAUCAAUCACAGCGAUGAGAUUUGCACAGAGAUGGGAUGGAAAGCUUGGAGAAAGAACAACUGGUUCCUGGAAGCAUUCACUCCUUACAACAGCCAAGAUUAUGCAGAACAAAACUGAAUGAGCAUCAACUUUAUAUAUGUUUUCCUUUAUUAGUACUUAUAUAUAAAGAAUAAAAGGGUUUUGUUUCUUUGGGUUUCCAUGUGAAGUGUUUGAGUUUUUAUCAUUAACAAUAAAAUUAUGAAGUUUUC